UGGACACCAUGGGGUAGUUACGUCAUUUGUAUGCGCCCAUAUUUGGUCAAAGAAUAACACCACGCAAAACCCGUUUCAGGGCCACCAGAUAUAUUUUUAUGUCUAUAUAUUUAUGUAGCUAUACUUUUUUAUUUGCUGUGUCUCUGUUUAAAAGCUGUCAUUUGGCCUAGCGUUCGGCAAGAAGUGGAAGUGAGGCAACUGAAGUGGAACACUAGCUUUUUAUUCACACCAUCAUCGUUGAAAAAUACAUGAUGACAACUUUAACAAGGCAGGACCUCAACUUUGGACAAGUGGUUGCGGACAUCUUGUGUGAAUUCCUGGAAGUUGCCAUUCAUCUCAUCCUAUAUGUCCGUGAAGUUUAUCCCUCUGGAAUUUUUCAGAAGAGAAAGAAAUACAAUGUCCCAGUGCAGAUGUCGUGUCACCCGGAGUUGAACCAGUACAUCCAAGAUACACUUCACUGUGUUAAACCACUCAUUGAGAAGAAUGAUGCAGAGAAGGUGGUUGUCGUCAUCAUGGACAAGGAGCAUCAUCCAGUCGAAAGAUUUGUGUUUGAGAUAUGUCAACCACCACUGCUGUCCAUCAGCUCGGACACAUUACUGUCUCACGUGGAGCAGCUGCUGAGGGCAUUUAUUCUAAAGAUCAGUGUCUGUGAUGCUGUUUUACAAAAUAACCCCGCAGACUGUUCAUUCACAGUGUUAGUUCAGACAAGAAAUGCUGCUACACGAAACAUGGAGAAGGUUCAAGUCAUCAAGGACUUUCCAUGGAUAGUUGCUGACGAGCAAGAAAUCCACAUGCAAGAGUCAAGACUCAUCCCAUUAAAGACAAUGACCUCUGACAUAGUUAAGAUGCAACUCUAUGUGGAGGAGCGAGCCCAGAAGACGGUACAUUGAUUCUGAGUGACACAUGAGGUGAAGUAGAUGGUUAGAGAUGGCUGGAAUGAGAUCUGUGGAUAAUAUCCACAAGUAUUACUUGGGAGUAUGUGUGUGUAAGUGUAUAUAUAUUUAUAUAUAUAUAUAAGGGGUGCUCCGAUUGAUCGGCCACAGAUUGGUAUUGGCGGAUAUUACUGAACCAACUUUAAGCCCCGCCCAUUUCCAGACAAACCACGUCCACUUCUGAUUUAUGUGAAUAUGAAUACAGAUGAAUGGUGUACUUGCUCAUCCUGAAUCGGAACACCCCUAAUAUAUAGUGUAUGUCUUGUUUUAAUGAUGUCAUGGACAUUUUUACUAUUGAAACGUAAUUACCAUUAAAUUGAAUGCAAUGUGCCAGUACAGUGCCCCUUUGCAUUGCUUUUGCACUGCUUAAAGGAAAAAUGCGUCUUUUGUAAUCAAGAACACAAAUGACUUCCCUUUGUUUCUGCGUUCUGGAUCGCCACCUCAGGCUGGCAGUUAAUUGGGAUUCACCUGCUCUGACAAUAAAGUGCUAUAGAGAAA